UCUUAAACCCAUCUUCUUGAAUGGAAGUGGCGAGGGCCCGAGGGAUGUGUCCAGAGAGAGUGUUACCGAGCUCCGAGGAGGAAGUGCUGCGGGACCGGCCUGUAGACACCGCUGUGCCCGAGGAGUGGAGCGGAGAGGACACGGAGGAGGAUGGAGGAGGCGAGGGCGAUGCGGGGUAUUAUUAUCAGCCUCUGAAUCAAGACCCUGACGGGAUGAACGGCUCGCACACAGAGCCCGCGGAUGAAGGCACCGCCGCGGAGCAGCUUCAGGAGGUCCAGGACAGAAUAGAGGCCAUGGGUCUGUUCCUGCCCCAGCCUCCUGCUCCGGACAGCGAUGAAGAGGAGGAUCCUGAAGGAGCCGCUGCUUGGAGAAGUCACGCGUCCAUUCCCAUGGAUGCAGAUCACGUUGAGCUGGUGAAAAGGACCAUGGCGGCUGUAAAUCUGCCGACACUAGGAGUUCCUUCCUGGGCCCAGGAGAUCUCUGAUGACCAGUGGAAGGACAUGGUCCAGCAGACGCUUCAGUCCAGACAAAGCUCUGCGGGCCUGAGACUAGAACGCAAGUGAAACCGAUUCAAGAGCCUCAUCUCACACUGCAGAAACAGAUUCUGACAUUCACUCAUCUCAAACAAAUCUAAAGGCAUUUUAUCACCUUAGCUGUGGUUUAUACAAACUGAAAUGGAAAUCUAAUAGUUUGCCUUUUAAUUGCUUUGAUCGCAAGUGUCCAGUUGAUGCGGUUACACAGAAGACAAAAACUGUUCUGAAAACUCCCCAAAUGUUUUUCAACCCAGUUGUAUUAAUUAUGAAGUGUGUUCUUGUGCUUUGUUUGUAAAGUGGAGAAUUUUGUAAGACUUAGAGGUUGCUUUUGUAUGACAGUAUAGACAUGUAAUGGUGCAUCUCAGUAAUACUCACAUCUGAAUGAAUCUGACUGUUGUUGAUACCUGUGCAAUGAGUGACUGAUGCUUUAUGUAUCUCACACGGCUUGAGCAACACAAAUGGCCGUCGCGUCUUUUGUUUCUUUAUUUUUGUUCUGUACAUACAUGAACAUCUGUACAAAAUAUGACUUUUAAUACUAUGUUAUGCGCAACCUAAUUAAAGUACAACAUAUGUACAUAUGA